AUGGCUCGACACGGCCUUGGCGACCCUCGCAAGCGGCCCUUGGCGGCGUCCCGCUUGACGGCCGCGCUCGCCGUUGUCCUCGGAGGGGGUGACGGCGUCGCCGCAGGUCGUGGUGGUGCUGGUGCUUCCGCGGCAACGCGGUCGGUCCCGUCCUCGCCAUUGUUUUCGGCUGUUCUCCUUCGAGGAACGGUGACCUCUGGUCCUCCCGGUAAUGCUGCUGCUGCCGCUGCUGCUUCUCAUGCUGCGGCUGCUAGUUCCGCCGUUGUUCUGGCUGGUUCUUCUGCUGCUGCCGCCUCCGCCGCUCGCCGGAUCAUCGCCAGCAGCUGCACGGCCCUACACGGGCUCCUGCGCUCCGACGGCUUAACUCCCAAGAACGUCAGCCUUACCGCCGCCGCCGCUGCUGCCGCUGCGCAAGCCCUCUCGCCUACUCUCGAAGCAUUUGUAGAGGUCUGCCGUGCUGCCGAGCGUGCCGCAGCGUCACCCGCAGCAGCAGCGCCGGCAGGGCAGGAUGAAGGAGCCGCCGCCAACGGCUACCACUGCGGACACGCACGCUUGCCGGCGGGACAGAACGAAGAAGACGCUUGUAGCUGGCGAGAGGCCCGCCGCGUGGUGUCCUCGCUGCUGGACUUUGUUGACGGGCUCCUAGGGGACGAGACCAAGCAAGGCUUGCACCCGGCGGCCCAUGGCCGACUCCAGGCCGGGGACGGUGUGUUAUCAUCCCCUCCUCUCCGGCGCCACGGGUCGCUCACAACCACCCCAUCGCUGGCCAAGAGUGGUGCUGCGAGGAGGAUGUGGAUGGAGGUGCGGGGGCUCUGUGGAGGAGAGGCGAACGCCAGGGUCGCCGCGUCGCGGCGGCUGGCGGGUUUGUUGAAAGAGGCGACGAUUCCGGAGGACGAGCGCGGCGUCAAGCAAGGAGGGGUUGCACCGUUCCCUUUCCGCUACCUGGAUGAUCCCCUUCAUCGUCCGUCAUCCGCAACCCCUAUCGCUGCAACGGUCGCAAAUAGCGGGGAGAGCGGCAAACCGGCGGCGGCAAAGGGGGCGCCGUCGGAAGGCCGUACGUUGUCGUUCUCGGCAGAGCACGUAAAGAACCUGGCGGACGUGGCGGGGGCCCCGUCGCUGGAGGGGGGUCUGCGGAGGGCGGCCGCUGAGCAGCUUCGGGGGGUGCUCGUGUCGCCGGGCGUGGCUGCGGUGGUGCUUUCGGACACUGGACAAGAGGACCUCUGCGAGAGAGUUCUCAGCGCCGCGUUGUCGGGACUACUGCCGCGUACGCCGCCGCCGCCGCCGCCGUCGUCCCCAAUCCCCUCCCGGUCCGACGGCGACCGAAGCGAAGACCCGUGGCUAUCGCCGCCACCACCCUGUCCGUUGCCGGGUUUCCCAUCGACGGCGGCGGCGCCCGGCACCGUUGUUGCCGGUGGCCGUAGCGGCCGCAACGGGUUCGGCGAGCACCUAUGGGACGAGGCGUUCCUCGGGUUGUUGUUGGCAGCGGUGCGGGAGUUCGCCCCCGUCAGGCGUUAUUUACUUGCAUCCGGUAGUGGUUGCGAAAGUGGCGGCUGGUCUGGAACAGCGGAGUCAGAGCUCGCGCUCGCGGCGGGAUCCCCUGCCCCGGGACACCUCUCCCGGAGUCGGAAGAGAGCAACAGCGGGGGCCGUUGUCGCGCCGAACGCCCUGCCGGCCGUUCUCCGGCGCCUGUACCACCCCCGGCCGUCGGUCCGGCGUUUGGCCGGCUCGGUCGCCGUCCGCCUUGCCUUCGACUCUCCGUCCUUCUUCUCCCCCUUGGAGUGCACCGUAGAGAGCCCCCCCUCUUCGCGUGUGGGGCAGGAUAGCGAUCACGAGCGCGGCGGUGGCGGCCGCUGCCGUGUUGGCGGGGUCGCGAGCCUAGGAGGAGGGUUCUCGGUCCCGAUGAUGGUUCUCGAGGCGUUUCCUCGCCUGGCGGAGCUGACGAGAGAAGGGACCAGCAGCGGUGGCGAUGGGAGCGAGAACAUGGAAGGCGAUUCUUCACCCCCCCGCCGCAACGAUAACCGCAACAACCCCAGCAGCAGCGGUAGACGCCGGCACGAAGCCUUCCAGACCCUCGUCGCGAGCGAGUGGACUCUCCUUAUCGCAGACACCGCCGCCGACGACCCCUCCUCGAAGAAGUCGGGCGAGAGGCGCCAUCGCUCUGCGGUCGCUUCGCAGGUAGCGGAGGCGUUACGGGAGGCGGGGAGGCGUACGGAGUUCGAGGCGGCGAUGCUGAGGGCGCGGGCGUGGAUGCUGGCUGGCUUCGGCUACUCGGAAGCCUUGUUCGGACCAGACGGCGGGUGGGAGGCCGCCUUGGAAAGGUUCUUACGAGCCCCUCCUAACGGCACGAAGGACAGGGCGGCAAUGCGGGACGUUACCAGCCUUCUCGUCGCGGGGACGGAUCACAUGUGUCCCCGGGGUUUCCAAGUUCUUGCGGACGCAGCGGAGGAGUGCUUCGUGCCCAUCCUAUCCGAGACGAAUCGGAGGCCUACCACCGUUCUCGGCGAUUACCUGGGCGACUGGAAGGCGCCUUCGAGCAGCAAGGGCUCCGCGAGAGAUCUCAAGGUGGGUGCCGUGGUCUCUUCCUCCCGCCCUGGAUCGGACGAGGCUGCAGUCUCUCUGGCUGCGUCAUCGCUACCGGCUGUCAUCUGGGGGGAGUUCUUGGGAGGGAGGGCUGUUGGCGUUAUUGGGUGGAGUUGGUGGGAGCGGGGAGACGCGGAAGAUGGCAGCACGCCUUUGACGGCCAGGAGACUCGCGGCGGAAUUCCUGACGGGCCUGGCCAGGCGACCCAGGACCGGUUCCGCCGCUGUCGCGUCCUGGGCAAGCCUUCACGUACCUCCCCCGGUGAGCGACCACUACGAGCUUGGCGGUGGGUCACAGAACCUUCUCGCGGCGGCCGGCUGGGGCGGCGAGUCAUCACCGGCACAGCACCUCUCUGAGCCGGAGCCUACCCCGCUGCUGGGAAUGAUUGUGCGGUCUCUGGUCCGGCACGCCUCCACACACCGCUCCCCCGAUAGCUUCCGCGGCCGGGCUUCCCUCGCCGCUAACCUCGUGGCCCUGGAGACCGUCCUCGCCGCUGCUGCGCUUUCACCAUCGUUGACACCGUCGUCCAUGUCCGACGGGAACGGCAGCUUGGAAACGACGAAGAGCUCGCCCACGUCGCCCGUCCCCGUGACGUUUUUCGCGGGUCGGGGGGUUCCACAACCAUCGGCGCUCGGUCAAGGUCGUCGUGGCGAAGGCGGUAGCGGUGGCGGUGGCGCCGGGGACAAGACCGGGCUAGAGUGGGCGCUCCGGCUGGCCUGCCACCGGGAUGCGACUGUCCGAGCGGUUUCUUUUGGGGUCCUCGCCGAGCUGGCCGUGGUCGACCGCGGCCUUCUCGUGCCCGCGUCUUCCUCCGCCCCUCGAGAUUCGCCGGCGCCAGCGGGGGGACCGGAACAGGGGGACGAGUCGCCGACGGGAAGCGGGGGAUCCUCGGCCCGUGCGGGAGAAAGUGUCGUUGUCGGGGGGAGAGAAGAGGAGGACGAGGAGGAAGCUGUUGAAGCGUGUGUGCGAGCGGCGCUUGACGGGCGCUACGAGAGCCCUGCCGUCGCCACCGAGGCCUUGAGGUUCUUGUGCAGACACACCAAUGUCCGCGCUACCUCUACGGCGAGACUCCCGGCGUACUCAGUCCCACUGGUGGCAUCAUUGGCCAAGUCAGCUGCACCUGUGCUGGGCGGUGAAAGCGGCCAGAACGAGGCAGGAUCGCUGUCGGUUGCAGCGGCCUCUCUGCGCUUUGUCGUGGUGGUCGUCGUUGCCGCAGUCGACAUCUCCGAUGCCGCUGCCCGGUCGAAGCUGCCAGGGACCGCAGACAGGGACAGCCCGCUAGGGGAGCAGCGAGAAUCGCAGGAGGAGCCACGACGAGACGACCAGCACGAGCUCCAGCAGCACUGCUGUGGGCAGAGGCUCGGGAGGCUGUUGGAGGUGCUUUGGGCCUCGGGCUGCUUGGAGGCCUGCGUGCACAUUGUCGGGGAGGUGUUACCCGUCGAAGGCUCGUCGGGCAGAUUGUCGCGGCGGGACGGCUGGAGCUCGCUGCUGGCAUCCUCUCCCGCCGAGGCUGUCAUGGCGUAUCUAAACGCCCAGGCCGCGGCGCUUGCUCUUCUCCGUGUGGUUGUCGUCUCUCGCCCCACCGUCUCGACGCGUCGACCCACCCCUGCCGCCAGCACCCCGCCUUCCCUCGAAGAACCGCCGGGGCCCCUCGAGCAAACGGCGGCAUCGGCGGCGGAGUGGGGCUGUACACCCGACGCUUCGGCCUCAGCAGCGGGGAGUCACGCCACUGAUCACGACGACGGCGGUGCUGCGGUUGCUGCUCCCGCAUCGGUCGGCUCGAACCGGCCAUCGGCAAUGGCCCCGGCAGGGAGCGGUGGCGUUGACGUCUGGGCGAUGGUGCGACAGGCCUUGCUCCAGAGAACGCCGCUGUUGGCGGGUCUCGUCCGUUGCCUCGUCGCGGCCGCCGCCGCGCUUCGCGGCGGCGAGGGGACGGCGGACAGGGACAGCCCGUGCGAGGGGGCCGUGCGCGUGGUCCGGGAGGGGUGCGCAACCCUGAGGUGCCUGCUUCGUUGCACCGACAGCGCUGUGGUCUCCGGCGAUGACGGCGGUUGUUCGGCGAUUUCCCAGGCCGUUUUCGAGGUCCUUGGAGUCGUGCUGGCGGAGACACCUUCGGGGAAUGGCGUGAAAGGGGACGGAGGCGUUUCGCGUCGUUGCGGGAACGGCUGUACUGAAGCGACCAAGACCGAAGCCAAGCUUCUUCUGGCGGCGAUGCUCGCCACUCGGGACUGGCGGUGCUCUCUAGACCUAGCUUGCGAGAAGGCCCUGACGCUGACCGCCGUCCUCUUGGAGGAGGAGGCCGUGGCUUUGACUCGCACCACCGCUCCUGGGGCGAAGAGAAAUGCGGCGUUUUCUGCGGAGGCCGAGCUGCGGCGACGGUGCUUGGUCCCUCUCCUGGAGAGCAGCGAUGCCCUUCGAGCCUUGGCGGUCACUUCUGGCUUGAUAGGUGACCUGUCCGUGGCGUUGGAGGCUCUACUCGGUGAGAUAGCCACCGUGGGCCACGGACGAGAAACGCUCCAGAACGCCUCCAGGCACCUGGAAAGCCUCAAGGCCAAGCACAAGAAACCGGCUGGGGGUAAGAAGAAGACGACGGCGACGCCAUCGUCUCCGACCUCACCCAGCUCCGAUGCCCGCGGCCGUGGUGAGGGCCGGGGACUUACGGGCAAGCGCAGCAACAAGUACGCGGGAAGAAAGCCGCCGAUUCCGACGGCCAAUGCCAAGCUUGUGACGGCGACAUCAUCGAAGCCCUCAGCCGGAACGGCGCCGCGAACAAGCAAACCAUCGACGCCUACGGGACAAGGGCGUUAUCGACCAUCGUCGUUGUCAUCGCCGCCGUCGCUGCCGUCAUCUCCACCGUUGAAGGUGGCGGAGGCGCCUGUGGUGUCUGUCGAAAGAGGGUUGGGCCCGGAGAGGGAGUUCUACAUGGUGGCGGCUCUGAUGGCGUCGGCGAUCGGAGGCCCGGAGGGACGGGCCGAGGCGUUACGCCUUCGUCUCCCCCAGCUACUUUGGAAGGCGUGGCCGAUGGCGCUAGCCUCGCAGCUCGCGCACAGCUCUCGCUCCUCAUCCAGUCAUCGUCGGCAUGACUACCACAACCACCGCCGUAGCAGCACCUCGGUCGAUACCUGUGGCACGAUGCCUUCUUCGGAGAGACGGAAUAUGCUCGAGACGCCGGUGUUGCUGCAGGCGUUGCUAGGGCUGGCGAGCUGCGUCGCGAGAUCGUGCCCCGAGGGCAAGAAGGCGUUCAUUUUCGCGGGUCCAGAGGGACCUUACGGGCGAGCCGCCACCGAGGCAGCCUGCGACGUGGUCCGCAGCUGCGCGCUUUCUCACGAGUGCCGAACGGUGCUGUCGCAGUCCGGAUUCUUUGUGGACGCCUUCGCCCAAAUCAGGCAAGCCACAGGGAGUUCACCGGAACACCGCCGGCUCUGCGCAAAGGCCACGAAAAUCAAGCCCGGGACGGCAUCGUUCACCACUUUGGCUCGGCGUAUUGGAGACCUGACAGGCGUUCUGGUGAACUCCUCGCUCAGAGCGGAGGGUCAAAAGGCAUUGAUACAGGUGGAAGGUGCUUGUGACAUGGUCGGCGAUUUGCUGUCUGUCUGCCUCCGCGCGGCUUCCCCCGCUGCUGCGACGGCGGCGACAACAACGUACUCGGUGCUGGUGACGCGCACGCUGCUGCUGCUGCGGAAUCUUGCCCUUGCCCCGAGCACGGGCCAGAUAACCGCGCACCGCGAGUCUGUCGUAGACCUCAUUCUCCAGAGCACUGGCCGAGACGGCGAGGGCAAGCUGACUCGGGCGGCGGCGUCUUGCCUCCGAGCGGUGCUACGAGGGAGUUCCAACGACGGAGGCGGGAAAACGGCCGUCGGCGUGGGGGAUAGAAAAUUGGAGCUGGCGGCGGCGGUGGACCGGUGCCUUGGGGUCCCCGAAAUCGCUGCAUUGAGCUAGCGAAUUUUGUCACGGAACAUCGGCUCGUCCGACGACCGUCGACGUAUACCACGCGUGGAUGAAGGUGGUAGAGGACACUGUUCUCAACCUUCGAGUGUCAGUGUCAGUGGCUGGAGUGUCGGUCAAGCGCGUGCUUUGUCGUGUGUUGUUGGUCAGGGCGGCCAGGUUGGCGCGCCGAAGUAGCUCAGAGAAUGCAGCUGCGGCGAAGAAGAGAAAAACAACAAGGGGUAAAGGCUACCGAUGUGGGCAGAAGCAAAAGAUUGCUUGCUUUCGUUUGGCAUCUCUGGGAAACUUCACCCGCGAACUUGUUUUCGUUUCACAUCGAUUCGGUACUGUUUGUUGCGAUUGGUGCUCGAAAGGAGGUGGUGGCGGACAGUGUGCGUAUCGCCGGCCGGCCGUCUCUCGAAGGCACAAGCCCUUCUUCGCCUGGCGACCAUUCACCCCGUCGUCCCCUGUUACGAGGGGUGGCAGCGUCAAGUGGCACUUGGGAAAUGACAUUCAUGGUGUAUCAUACGCUCCAGCUCCCUAAACCGGUACUA